AUGUGCGUCACAAGCAUUUUAAAAGUUAUUUUUUUAUUAUCUAACGUAGCGCACGUUGAAGCAACAGAUCAGUACGUGAUGGAUGAAGCACAGGAUGAUAAACAUUGUUCUGUCAUUUCAAUGAUAAAGAAAGCAUGUGAAAUUCUCAAACAAUUCGUUAUCAAAAAACCGAUACAAGCAGAUAAUGAUAACCUGGCUACAUCUGAUGAAUUGCAUUUCAUGAAGAAUGUUGAUUCACAGUUGGAUUUUAUAUUCGAUAUUCGAUCGCCACGAACAAAUUUCUCAUCACAAAGUAUCAAUUAUAUUGAUAAUCAAGAUGAUGAUGAGCUGAUAAUGACACCAGAUAUGGAAACAGGUUUGAUUGGUUAA